AUGAAAGGCAUUGCUUAUAGCGAGCACAUUGAUAAAUUGGGUGCUCAUGCAAGAGCUAUUUGCGAAACAGUCGUCCAUAAAGGAACCAAUGAUAUACCAUCAAUUACUGAAGGGCAUCAUCCGCAACUGAACACUACAUGUGUUGAUCCAAACCCAUCUGAUUUAGAUAAAGGAAUAAAGGAUACUUUUACAACAAAUAAUGUUACGGGAGGAGUUCUUGGACGUGGAGGUGGUCUUUUUAGCUUAACUUUAAAUUAA